AGCGCACGAACACAGAAGAGAGAUAGAGAGAGAAAGCGCACGAACACAGAAGAGAGAGAGAGAGAGAGAGAAUCCAGGUCCAUGGCGGAAGAGGAGGGAAGCGCGGAGCUGGAGCAGCAGCUGGAGGAAGAGUUCGCGGUGUGGAAGAAGAACACCCCGAUCCUCUACGACCUCCUCAUCUCCCACGCCCUCGAGUGGCCCUCCCUCACCGUCCACUGGGCCCCCCUCCUUCCCCAGCCCUCCUCCUCCGCCGCCGCCGCCGCCGGCGACCCUUCCCUCGCCGCCCACCGCCUCGUCCUCGGCACCCACACCUCCGACGGCGCCCCCAACUUCCUCAUCCUCGCCGACGCCCUCCUCCCUUCUUCCGAAUCCGAUCAUUGCGGCGACGACGCCGUGCUCCCCAAGGUGGAGAUAUCGCAGAAGAUUCGCGUGGAUGGGGAAGUGAAUAGGGCGCGUUUCAUGCCACAAAAUCACAAUAUUGUGGGCGCUAAGACAAAUGGUUGCGAGGUUUAUGUUUUUGAUUGUUCUAAGCAGGCUGCGAAGCAGCACGAUGGUGGGUUUGAUCCGGAUUUGAGGUUGACGGGUCAUGAUGGAGAAGGCUAUGGAUUGUCCUGGAGCCCCCUGAAAGAAAAUUACCUUUUAAGCGCGUCCCAUGAUAAAAAAAUUUGUCUCUGGGAUAUAUCUGCUGCCGCUCAGGAUAAAGUGCUCGGUGCAAUGCAUGUUUUCGAGGCUCACGAGGGUGCGGUCGGCGAUGCAUCUUGGCACUUGAAGAAUGACAACUUAUUUGGGUCUGCUGGUGAUGAUUGUCAAUUGAUGAUCUGGGACUUGCGAACGAAUAAAGCACAACAAUGUGUCAAAGCACAUGAGAAAGAGGUGAAUUCUGUAUCUUUCAACUCAUAUAAUGACUGGAUUCUGGCAACCGCGUCUUCAGACACAACAGUUGGACUAUUUGACAUGCGGAAGCUGACCACGCCAUUGCAUGUCUUUAGUAGCCAUGAAGGAGAGGUCUUGCAAGUAGAAUGGGAUCCUAAUCACGAGGCUGUGUUAGCUUCUUCCUCAGAGGACAGAAGGGUGAUGGUCUGGGACCUCAACAGGAUCGGAGAUGAACAGCAAGAAGGAGAUGCAAGUGAUGGCCCUGCCGAACUGCUCUUUUCUCAUGGGGGUCAUAAAGCUAAGAUCUCAGAUUUCUCAUGGAACAAAAACGAACCAUGGGUUAUCUCAAGUGUGGCUGAAGACAACUCUGUUCAGGUUUGGCAAAUGGCUGAGAGUAUCUGUGGAGAUGACGACGACAUGCAGGCCAUGGAAGGAUAUAUAUGAGAUUUGGUACAAUUGCUUCAUCGAAAUUUCUCGCUCUGGCUUUGUUUCGGGGCCAACAGAGAAUUUUUGCUGAAUUUACUAAUUCUACAAUGCUUCACGAAGCAUUUUCUUUCAGUCCUUUUAGCAGCUAAGAUGGAAGAUAAACUCACUGGCAUGAUCCGUUUGGUGUAAAUCAGCUUAUUUGCGAAAGGAUGAGCUCUUGGAUGUGGUCGUAGUAACUUCUUGACCAUUUUCUGUAGUAGUUGAUUGAGUAAGGUGGAUAAAGCUGAAUAGCGAUGCUUUUUCUUUGAGAUGACUGGAAGGUGUUGUUGUCUCCGACUAUUGGAAUUGGACGAGUAGAGGAACCUAUAAUUGACUUUUCUCUC